AUGUCUUCAUCAUCUAGUGAUGCGACGCCGAAUAACGGUAGCAUAGAUCUCUUAUCUUCGCUUGCACCAUCAAAAAAUGAAGAAAGUGAUUCAGAUUUUGUGCCAGCUAAUCGGUUAUUACAGCAACGACAAACGAGUAUAAAAACUGAACCUGUUCGUCAACAACAGUGUAUGGAAGUUGAUGAUCAACAAUCAUCUAUAUUUGAAGUUUCAUCUAUAAAUCACAAUUCGGCCUUUAGUACUCUAUUUGAAUUUUACCAAUCAAAGACGUUGUGUGAUGUGGUAAUUGUCUGCGAAGAACGUUCAUUUUCCUGUCACAAAGUUAUUUUGGCUGCCACAAUACCCUAUUUUCGUUCAAUGUUUACAUUAGGAAUGUUAGAAGCUGAUCAGCAACGUGUAGAAAUUCGUGAUAUCAAUCCAAAUGCGUUGGCUAUUAUUAUCGAAUUUGCUUAUACAGCUAAAGCCGUUAUUAGUAUAGACACUGUACAAAAUUUAUUAUUUGCAUCAACUAUUUUACAAGUCGAAGAUUUAGCUGAAGCAUGUUCAAGUUUUUUACGUCAACAUUUAUCGUUAACAAAUUGUACGGAAAUACGACAAUUUGCUGAACUGCUAAAUCGGAAAUCGUUAAUCGUUUUAGCGGAUGAGUUUAUGCGUGAUCAUUUUUUAGAUAUUGUUCAAAUAGAUGAUUUUCACAAGUUAACGUUUCGACAUUUAAAAGAUCUUAUAUCGUCUCCAGAUCUUGGCGUCAUAGAUGAGAAGGAUGUUUAUGAAGCCGUUAUCAAAUGGGUUAAAUAUCAACCGAAAGAAAGAGCUGCACAUUUAGCAGGUGUCCUUUUGUGCGUCGGCGGACGUGGAGCAACAGGCGAUCCCUUUAAAUCGAUUGAAUGUUAUGAUCUUCGUCAUGACCGAUGGUUUUAUAUUGCUGAUAUGACAAUUCGUCGACGCCAUGUUGGUGUUUGUGCAGUUGCUGGGCGUGUUUAUGCAAUCGGAGGACACGAUGGAAAUUUGCAUUUAAACAGCGCGGAAGCAUUUGAUCCGCAGACAAAUAGAUGGCAACAAUUAUCACCAAUGGCAACUUGGAGACGAGGAAUCGCUGUGGGUUGUCUGGGAGGGCCCUUAUUUGCUGUUGGUGGAUUAGACGAUUCGACAUGUUUUGACACAGUUGAACGUUAUGAUGUUGAAAAUAAUUCCUGGAGUACAGUAGCGUCGAUGUCAACAGCACGUGGGGGAGUAGCCGUUGCGGCAUUAAAGGGUUAUUUAUAUGCUUGUGGUGGGAACGAUGGUUCUUCAUCUCUAAAUUCUUGUGAGCGUUAUUGUCCAGCCUAUGAUAAAUGGACGCCAAUCGCACCGAUGAACAAACGACGAGCAGGCGCAUCUGUAACAGUUUUAAAUAAUAAAUUGUAUAUUCUUGGCGGAUUUGACGAUAACUCACCAUUAGACUCAGUUGAGUGUUUUGAGCCAGAUACAAAUACGUGGACUAUGGUAACACCAAUGACAUCUUGCCGAGGAGGCGUGGGAUCCGCUACCCUAGCUGGAAAUAUUUAUUCAGUUGGCGGUCACGAUGGGCAGACGUAUUUGAAAACUGUUGAAGCAUACGAUCCGGAAACACAACAGUGGUCUCCGGUGGCUGGUAUAAACAUUUGUCGAGCAGGUGCUGGCGUUAGUCAAUGCGAUAUACCCGUUUCAAUGUUAAUAGAAGUCAAAAAUCCCAAUCCAAGCAGUUAUUUGAUGUUUUUUAAAUCAAAACAUGUGUACAAUUGUCUAUCAUUCGGUUAUCGAGGUAUUUCAUCACGAUCAUCUGUAUCCUCGUCCAACACUGACGACUAUUCCUAUUGUAUAAAUUCUGUUCGUAAAUAUGAUUAUGAAAAUUUUUUAUGCGUCGGUUUAUUAAAACCUAUACAGAAACAACGUUCUGCAAUUGCUAUACGAGCAUUCAAUGUUGAAUUAGCACAAAUACGUGAUAAUGUUUCAGAUCAACAAAUCGGACGUAUGCGUUUACAAUUUUGGCGUGAUACUGUGGACGAUUGUUUUAGUUUAAUAACAGCAACAACACCGAAAAUAAUUAAUAAUCCUGUUGCGCGUGAAUUAACAUCUGUGAUAAUAGAAAAUUCGAAUCGUUUAUCGAAACUUUGGUUUCAACGAUUAAUAACUAGUAGAGAAACAACAUUGAACGAUAUGCCAUUUGAUAAUAUGGAUAAAUUAGAAGCCUAUAUUGAACAAUCAGUCACUCCAAUAUAUUAUCUUCUACUCGAAUUGUAUGGUCAACGAACACUAAACUCAGAUCAUAUUGCUAGUCAUUUAGGACGAGCACAAGGUAUUGUAAAUAUUGUUCGAGGCAUACCUUACAAUGCUGUGAAAAGACGUUGUUUUAUUCCAUUAUCCUAUUUAAUUCAACAUAAUAUAUCUCAACAAGAUAUUUUCAAUCUAAAUUUUUCCAAUGAACAUGUACGACUAGUAAUAUUUGAUAUGUGUACUCGUGCCUAUUAUCAUAUGAAAAAAGCUAUCGACUUAUUUGAAAACGAUAAAACAUUUUGUAAAAAGAAACUAUUUGUCUUCUCAAAUGAUGAACAGACAAUUUUUUUACCACUAAUAGCUCUUCAUGACUAUUUACGACGUAUUAAAGAAAUUGACUUUGACUUAUCCAAUAAACAAGCACAUGUACGAAAUCAUUUGCUCGUAUGGAAAUUAUGGUUAAGAAAAUUUCCAAAAUUAAAACAUCUUUCUUCAUCAACCUAA